ACAUUGAUAAACUAGGAAUAUGUAUAUGGGCAUCCAAUUGGUUUUCCCAAAGUAAGCUUAACGCCAUGAGUAUUCUGUCUUUGGGUGUCAUCCAAACACACCCUACAGAAACCAACACCUAAGCUUGGGUUCCUUCAUGUUGUGUUGAACACAACAACAUACUACUGCUUCUGCGCCUCUUUCUCUCUCUAAAAUUCUUUUUUAGCUUCAACUCCUCUGUUUCAUUGCCCGUUCUCUGCUUCCCUCCGCCGCAAAUCCGCCAAUUCUCCGUUGAGAACGACAAGAAUUCGAAGAAAGGGGGCUGUUAAGUAUUCAUGAUGGCGGCACCACCGGUGAAAUCGCAACCAUUGCACAACUUCUCCCUGCCCCACCUCAAAUGGGCCCACAAGAACUCCUCCCCCUCCGCCCCCCACAACCACCGCUUCCGCCGCCGCGAUCACCACCGCCGCACCGACCCCGACCCCGACCCCGACAACCCCAAGCCGCCAGCCGACGACCCGGCCGUCGACGAGGAGAAUGGGGAAGGCAAGCCGUGGAAGCUGCGGCCGCGGAAGGAGCCCAUCAAGGCGCCGUCCGCUUCCAAAAAGGAAACCAACAAUGAUGGGGUCAAGUCCCAGAGGCUGAGGGGCAUGGCCGAAGGGGCCCAGCAGAGCGGUAGCGUUGAGCGCACGGCCAAGAGGAAGGUUUGGAUUUCGCUCUCCAGGGAAGAAAUUGAGGAGGAUGUCUACGCUUUGACCGGCGGCAAGCCCGCUCGCCGCCCCAAAAAGUGGCCUAAGAAUGUUCAGAAACAGCUCGAUGGUGUAUUUCCUGGAUUAUAUUUGGUUGGAGUUGCAGCGGACUCGUAUCGGGUUAUGAUGUCUUGGUAUGGCCUGCUAUUCGAUUUUUUUAUAUACUUGAACUUCUUCUGCAUGCAAUGUAUGUGCUACAAUUCCAGUAAUUAUUCAGUAAAAGAAAAGAUUAUUGUUGGGGAGGUUUAUUGAUGCAUCCUUGAAAUGAGGUGUGAACACCGUAAAAUGGAUGUUGGCAGCAGGAACAAUGGCAUCUGGACUCGUGUUUGUGAAUGUGUUGUUGCCUUUGUUCAAUGUGGACUGCAUUUUCUCCAAUUUUUCUUUUGAGUUGAAUUGGUGUGGUUUUACUAAACAACAGCUGAUUAUUUGGGAAUUUGAUGUGCAGAGGUAGAUCCAGAGGGUUGAAAAGCAAACGCUUCCUUGGUUGAGGUAUAGUAUUUGAUGACAGUACUGGUGAAAUAGAUUAAUGCUUAGAUACAUAUAUAUAUGUUUUUAAUUUCUCUCUUUGUUAGCUUAUUUUGGGUGUUAUCUAGAAUUUAGGGGCUUAAGAGGCAGUUCACUUUUAUCAGUGACGCUUAUGAUGUAAGCUUGAAGCGUUUUGUGAAUGAAUUAGUCCAGCAUUUGUUACAAUGCAAAUACCAUAUUGGCCUUAAGCGGGCACUCGACAUUAUUCUGGAAUGUUCUCAUCUUAACGUGUUCAUAAUUUAAGGAGACUUCUCACUUUCUGAUA